ACUGCGGCGGCUCCGCGUGGCCCCGGUGGCGUCGCUUUAAAGGGGCCGCGCUCGCGGCAGCGCCGGCGGCGGCACCGGCUCCGAACCGGCACCGAACCGGCUCCAAACCGGCACCGGAGCGGCACCGGAGCGGCCCCGAGCCCGGGCUGCCCCAGCGCCGCCCCCGCACACUCCGGCACCGGGGAGGACCGGGCGAUCCCGGCAGGUUCCGACCCGCCCCGAGCCCGGCGAUGCUGCCAGCAUGAGGAGGUGCUGCCAGGCCGUGGGGCUGCCAUGCCUGUUUAAGGGUGUGGGCAUGGCCGGGCCGCCCCCGCCGCGCUUCCUGCUGGUGUUCGACUUCGACGAGACGAUCGUGGACGAGAACAGCGACGACUCGGUGGUGCGGGGCCGGGCGCUGCCCGAGCCGCUGCGGCAGAGCCCCCGCGGCGGCGCCUACAACGAGCACAUGCAGCGGGUGCUGGGCUGGCUGGGCGAGCAGGGCGUUCGCCCCGCCGACUUCCGAGCCGUCUACGAGAACAUCCCGCUGUCCCCGGGCAUGGCCGAGCUCUUCCAGUUCCUCUCCAAGCACCACGAGCUCUUCGAGCUGGUGCUGCUCUCCGACGCCAACACCUUCGGCAUCGAGGCCAAGCUGCGGGCGGCGGGGCUGCGCUCGCUCUUCCGAAAAAUCUUCAGCAACCCGGCCAGCAUCGACCGCCGCGGCUUCCUGACGCUGGGGCCGUACCACAGCCACCAGUGCCCGCGGUGCCCGGCCAACAUGUGCAAGAGGAAGAUUCUCAGCGAGUACCUGCAGCAGCGGGCGCGGGAGGACGCGGAGUUCCAGCGCGUGUUUUACGUGGGGGAUGGAGCCAAUGAUUUCUGUCCCGCCGGGAUUCUGACGGCGGCCGACGUGGCUUUUCCCAGGAAGGGAUAUCCCAUGCACAGGCUGAUCCAGGAGAGCCAGGAGAAGCAGCCCGGGGCGUUCCAGGCCGCCGUGGUGCCGUGGGAGUCGGCCACGGAGGUGGCGCGGUACCUGCAGGAGACGCUCAGGAGGAAAUGCUGAGGGAUUUCGGGAUUUUGGGAUUCGGGGUUUGGGGUUUGGGAUUCGCGGCUCCCCGCUCAGCGCUGCUCGCUUGGCAUCGCUGCUGCGAUGUUCUCCUGCCUUUGCCAGCGCUGCUCCCCCGGAAUGAAGCACUUUCUGCAGGCGCCCGGCCCUGCUGAGCUGCGGGGGCAAAACCGGAGAGAAACCGGACCCUGGGGCUAAACCGGACCCUGGAGCUAAACCGGACCCUGGGGCUAAACCGGAUCCUGGAGCUAAACCGGAUCCUGGAGCUAAACCGGAUCCUGCAGCCAAAACCGGACCCUGGAGCUAAACCGGACCCUGGAGCUAAACCGGACUCUGGAGCUAAACCGGACCCUGGAGCUAAACCGGAUCCUGGAGCUAAACCGGACCCUGGAGCUAAACCGGAUCCUGCAGCCAAAACCGGAUCCUGGAGCUAAACCGGAUCCUGGAGCUAAACCGGAUCCUGCAGCCAAAACCAGAUCCUGGAGCCAAAACCGGACCCUGGAGCUAAACCGGACCCUGGAGCUAAACCGGACCCUGCAGCCAAAACCGGAUCCUGGAGCUAAACCAGAUCCUGGAGCUAAACCGGAUCCUGCAGCCAAAACCGGACCCUGGAGCCAAAACCGGAUUCUGGAGCCAAAUUUGGUCCCUGGAGCCAAAACCGGAUCCUGCAGCCAAAUCUGGACCCUGCAGCUAAAACUGAACCUUGCAGCCAAAACUGGACCCUGGGGCUAAACCGGACCCUGCGGCCACAGCCGGACCCUUCACCUUCUCCCACCGACGGGGAUUUUCUGGUGGAGUUGUUGCUCCUUUUCCCUUUUGACCUCGAGAAAGAAUUCCUAAAAAUUCAGAAGCUGUGGCUCCCCGUGGGGUGGGCACGUCCUGGCUCCUGCCAUCCUCCCCCUGGCCUGCCUGGCCCUGGGCUCCUCCUCCCUUCCUGAUCCCACCGGGAAUUCGGGCUGGGAAAUCCCUGAUCCCACCGGGAAUUCUGGAUGGGAAAUCCCUGAUCCCACCGGGAAUUCUGGAUGGGGAAUCCUUAAUCCCACUGGGAAUUCUGGAUGGGAAAUCCCUGAUCCCACUGGGAAUUCUGGGUGGGAAAUCCUUAAUCCCACCGGGAAUUCUGGAUGGGAUAUCCUUAAUCCCACCGGGAAUUCUGGAUGGGGAAUCCUUGAUCCCACGGGGAAUUCUGGAUGGGAAAUCCCUGAUCCCACUGGGAAUUCCGGAUGGGAAAUCCCAGCUCCACCCCGCCCCGAGCCUUGCUCUGGGAUUCGCUGUUCCCAGGACUUUUUUCUCGGGAUCGAACGUGCCGGGAGCAGCAGGAAAGUUUUGGGAAGGCGGCGGAGCCUCUCCAGCCCCACAUCCCCUCCCCUGUCCGUGCCCCCCUCCCCUCCGCAGUAUUAAUUACCCCGUCAUUAAUUAACCCUUCUAAUUGCACUCUGCUCUCUGGGGCUGGCUCCUCCUGGGUUUAUCCUGGAUUUUUCCUGGAUUUAUCCACAGCCUUACCGGCCCCCGAGGGUGGCCCCGACUCCUCCGAAUCCCCGGAACCCCAAAGCCCAGCAGGAAAUAAAACCAAAGCAGCCCCAAAUUGUUCCCCCUCUUCUCCAUCCCCUCUCCUUUGUUCUUCCUCCUCCUCCUGUUGACUGUGUGGAACUCAAAGCCAUGGAAUUAAAGAUACAAAUCUGUG